AGAAGAUAUUAGAAAAUUUUCUGUUAGUGUACAUUUGACUCAGCGUCUUCUCUAACAAUGGAAGGAACUAGUUUUCUCCGAGGGCGACCUCUAACAACAACAGUAUCCUCCUCUCUUCCCAGACAGAGGUUCCUUAUCCAAGGAUGGAAGAGCAAUCGGAUUGUCAGGUUUUCUGGUUUGAAGAAUCACUCUGUUUCUCGAAAGUCCAGGUCUUCUUCCUUCGAUCUAAGCCUCAGAGCUUCAGGUCCUAUAAAUGCAAGCUCUGCCGCAACAGAGGCAAACCCUGUAAAAUCAGAAUCCAAGGAACAAGACCUUGUCUUUGUAGCUGGUGCUACCGGUAAAGUUGGUUCUAGGACUGUAAGAGAGCUACUGAAGCUCGGAUUCCGAGUUAAAGCAGGAGUUCGAAGCGCUCAAAGAGCAGCAAGUCUUGUGCAAAGUGUUAAGGAUAUGAAGACAGAAGAAGGAACUCAACGUGUCUGUGUCUUUAGCCCAGCUGUAGAAAAGCUUGAGAUUGUGGAAUGUGACUUGGAGAAGAAAGACUCAAUACAGCCUGCUUUGGGGAAUGCAUCUGUGGUUAUAUGCUGUAUAGGUGCUAGCGAGAAAGAAGUAUCAGAUAUCACCGGUCCUUACAGGAUUGAUUACUUAGCCACUAAAAACCUUGUUGAUGCUGCAACAUCUGCAAAGGUUAAUAACUUCAUCUUGGUGACAUCCUUGGGGACAAAUAAAUUUGGAUUUCCCGCUGCCAUUCUCAAUUUAUUCUGGGGAGUUCUUUGCUGGAAGAGAAAAGCUGAAGAAGCCUUGAUUGCAAGCGGUCUCAACUACGCAAUAGUUAGGCCUGGAGGAAUGGAGAGACCAACUGAUGCAUACAAGGAAACUCAUAAUCUCACUCUUGCUCUAGAUGAUACAUUGUUUGGUGGUCAGGUCUCAAAUCUCCAGGUUGCAGAAUUGCUAGCUUGUAUGGCUAAGAACCCUCAACUUUCUUGCUCUAAGAUUGUGGAAGUAGUUGCUGAAACAACUGCACCAUUAACUCCAAUUGAAAAGCUUCUUGAAAAGAUUCCUUCCAAACGUCCUUAUCUGCCUCCACCAAAGGAAUCAGUUGCAGCCAAAGAAGAAGUAACACCAGUCCCUGCAGAGCCUGUCACGCAAGAAUCAGUUGCAGCCAAAGAGGUAACUCCAGUUCCUACUGAGCCUGUCACGCAAGAACCAACACCUCCCAAGGAGGAUGAAGCACAAGUAAAAGAAGUGAAACCUAGACCGUUGUCUCCAUAUGCCGCCUAUGAAGACUUGAAACCUCCAACAUCUCCUAUUCCGGCCACAGCACUUGGUGCCACCAAAGCUAAGGAGGUGGAUGCAACUCCGGUUCCGGAGGUGGAAGCAACUCAGGCUCCUGUUGAGGCCAAUGUAGCUCCACCACCAGAAAAUCCUGUUGAGGUCACUGUCCCAGAGGCAGUAGAAGUGAAACAAGUUGAGGAAAAGAAAGAGAGGCCUCUUUCUCCUUAUGCUAGCUAUGACAAUCUAAAGCCCCCUUCAUCACCCACUCCUAAAGCUUCGGGUAUCCGCAAGAGCGACUCUGUGGCGCCGCCUGUUCCAACCGAUUCUGGUACUGUUGUUGAAAGCUCAACAGUUGAAAUAAGUGUCACUGAGGAGGCAGAAGCACCAGUUAUACCAAAAAUGAGACCUCUUUCUCCUUAUGCAGCUUACGCAGACCUGAAACCACCAACCUCACCAACUCCUGCAUCAACCGGUCCCAAGAAAACAGCACCUGCAGAAGAAAACUCAGAGUUGCCUGGAGGCAAUGACGUACUGGGAACAGCUGACGGUAGUGUGAACCCGACUGAAUCUGCUUCUGUCCCAGAAGCAGAAACUGUUGACAAUGUGACAGAAAGUCCCCUUCCCCAAGAAGAGAAUGCAGCUGUUCAGCCAAAACCAAGACCUUUGUCACCUUACACAAUGUAUGAGGACAUGAAGCCUCCAACAUCACCUCUUCCAUCCCCGGUCAUCAAUCAUUAGUUAUUUGUGAAAUGAUUUGCCCUUAAAACCCUGGAGCUUCUUAUUCUAAGCUUCUGAUUUAAAAAAAAAAAUGUGAGAGAGAUGGGGCAAUUCAGUUUUUCAGGUAUGCAUCAGUGAGCUUAUAUAUAUGUAAAAGUAAUACAAGAUUCAUCUUUGCCUUCUUGAGUUAAUUUAUCUUCUGUUCAAAUACUCA